UGUAAUAUUUUCUAUACUUUAAAACAAAUGUUUACAAAACAAAGUGUUAAGACAUCGAUGAAUGCAAUGUAUGAUUGAUUGUGAAGACAACUCAUCUCUGGUGUCAUCAAAAGCCAUCGCAAUGUCUUCAUUAAGUGAGUCGUCGUUGUGCUCGACGUGUACCUCAUCUUCAUGUGAUAGCAGUCACUCGUCGAUGACUCUCAACGAUGAAGACAUGGAUUAUACGAAUCUAUUGUCCGAUAAUUGCAAACCAUUUUUGUUUUAUUUAAAGUUAUUGACUAAUGAAGAAACAGAUAAAGACAAAGACAAUCAUACUUUUAAAGCAAGUGAUGAACAUAAAGAUGAUGUGAUUAAAGAUGUUAAACAAGUGAACGAUCGAAACACUGGACUCACUUCUUGGCUUUUCGGCAACAAAUCCUUUAAACGAAAGAGUUUUAAAAGGAAGAGCAGUCAGAAAAAAAUAUUAAAAGAAGUGAUCGAUAAUAACAACGAUAAUAAUAAUCCAUCGAUUAAUGUCACAGUUUGUGAUGAUAUUAAUGUUAAUGAAGUUAAGACAACAAACAAGUUAUUAGAUUUAAUUGAAGGCAAAUGUGAGACAUUUGUCUCGAAGAUUGAUAACAAAUUGAUUUUAUUAUAUUUAAUGCCUCCAAAUGACAUUCAAUCUGAUUGUCUGCUCUAUUCAUAUCCUAAAGUGAUAGAAAAUGAAGACAUAAACCCUGUUUUGAUGAAUCUUAAGGGUAUGUUUGUUACGCUAUCACAAGUGGUCUCUCAGAUAACUAAUCAAUGCAUCAAAUUGUCAUCAAUUACUGUAAAUCACGAAAAUCGAAAACAAAUCUACAAAACAGGUUUUAUUCACGAAAAGGACAGUUUGCUUGUGUUAGCCCUUCCCAACACUUUUACCGACAUUCAAGUUGAAGGUAUGGUUGAAACCAUUGCCAGAGUUUUACGAUUUGUAUAUAAAUCGAUGGAUUCUGCAUUUAAUGAUCAAUCAAAACAUGAAAAUCUUACAAAAUUGUUCUCAAUUGUUGAAUAUCUCUUAUAUGAAGAUUCGAAAAAUUUAACAAUUGAUUCAUUAUUUAUUAAUUCAAUGAAAAGAUUAAUAAUUGAUGACGAAUUAGCCACAAAUCUUAGCGAUUCUCUCAGUGAAUUUGAAGCUAUGGAUUGGAUUAGUGAUAACUCGACUUUUGACUUAAGUUCACAAAAUAGUUGUCAAUUUAUUGUAAUCGGUUCUUGUCUUAUAUAUAAAGGAUUAUUAUUAUCAUCUCAUUUGCCAAAUCAUCACUUGAAAGACGUAUAUUUCUAUUUGACUGUCAAUGGAUUUCUUUCAUUACAUAAAAGCCAUUCAAUAAGACUAAUCAUUUGGAGUGAAAUAUUUCCUAAUUCUGAAAUAAUUAAUGUGUUUGAAGACCAAAAUGUUAAAUAUAUUAUAUUAAUAGUUGGUUUUCAACACCUGAUCCAUUGUACUCUUAUUGAGUCACCUCUCGUGCAUUCAAAUGAAACACAGAUUACUGUCAAUGAACUGAUAAUUAAUGAAUCGAUUCGGUUAUUGAAAUGGCAUUUCUCGAGAAUUGGAGUAAUCGAUGAAAUCGAUGACUGUUUUAAUAUUCAAACAAUGGCUGCCAAACAAAUCUUUAGUUCCAAUAAAGAACAAAAACGUUACAAAUCAUUGUCUUCAUUAAAAGAUCUACUGUUUCUUAGUCCGGCCUCUUCUCAGUCGAGAUCACAGAUAUAUCAUUCAAGUAGUUCUUUGGCAUCACUUGAAGGUUCCAGUCUUUCAGCAUCUAUUAAAUCCACUUCCAGUCCUUCAUUACAAUACUCAAUGCUUUCUCGUAGCCAUUCAUCGAGUACUACUAGUUUGAGUCAAAAUACAUCUAAAGAUCAAAUCAAAUACAAUAAGACUUAUUUACAGCAAAAUAUUAAACUUCCAGAGAAUCUUAUCUGUUAUUUAAAUAUAGAAGACGGACAGGAAGUGUUUGCCGGACCACUUCUUCAGUUACCGAAAAAUAUUUGUGAAAAGAUAUUCAAGAAAUUUACUGAAUGUUGUUAUGAAAUGAGUCAAUGCUUCAGACAUUCUUCAAGUCAUCAGAUGUGUCAUGAAAUUGGACGUACUUUUCAAUUAAAGAUUUCGUCAAAUUUUUUGAGUCCAAAUAAAUUGAAAUCAAAGAAAUCAGAUAAUGAAAUAUAUUUAUUUAAUGUUAUUGGAAGACAACAAACAAAUGUCGAGUUUUAUGCCUGUUUUAAGACAAAUACAAAUGAAUCUCAAUUUACAGACUUUGAUAUCGAAGACUUCAUAUAUGGUCUUCAUUUGCAAAGAAGAAUAUUAUAA